ACCGGUUGAGAAGAGUAACAACAAAAUAAGGUUCAGAGAUGGAGGGGGAUAAUAUAUGUAGGUAUCUGAAGGAUGUUAUUAUCUAGCUGAUCAGCUCAGUGAUUACUCAGUAGCAGCGAGGCAGUGACUUGACAGAGUUCUGAAAGUAGGUCUAUAGGUGUAACAGAGAGUAUACAAAUAUACAAUACGCCAAGCUAGCUAGAGAUGAUGGCAUGAUGCAGCUACUCUUCUUCUCCUUCCUCUUUUUGCUGCUAGCUCGUGAAACCUCCGCCGUCGCCGCCGAUGGGUGUAGCCGCCGGUGCGGCGGCUUGGUCGUCCCCUACCCUUUCGGCUUCUCCGGCAGCUGCCCCAUCAUGCUGUCCUGCAACGUCGACGGCGGCAGCAACUCCACCGCGGCGCUGAUCCUCCAAGGCAACGACGCUACGACGACGGAUCGAUCGUACACCGUCGUCGACGGCUCGUUCAACUCGACCGCCUCCACCUUCACCGUCUCCGUCCCGCCGUCGUGCAACCGCACCGUCUCCGACGCCAGGCGGUGGCUCUCCGGCGCCAACUACGGCGUGUCGUCGCGCACCGGCCUGUUCCUCCGCGGCUGCCGGAACGCGACGAGCAGCGACUGCAGCGUCCCCGUCGAAACCAUGCUUCGCACGACGAGGUGCAGCGGUGGAGGAGGCAACGAAACCGCGUCCUCCUCCCUGACGUGCAUCGCCUCGCUCUCGCCGGCGACGCCGGCGGAGAGGGGUUUGGGCGGCCUGUUCGCGCAGUGGGAGAAGGUGGAGGAGCCUAGGUGCGAGAACCUGCUCACAUCCGUGUAUGGCGAUACACGGGAAGGGGUGUUCUCGCUGGAGUUCGCGGCGGCGGAGAUGGGGUGGUGGGUCAACGGGAGCUGCGGCGGCGGCGUCGACGACCUCGGGCGGUGCGCGGCGAACGCCACGUGCAUCCCUAUGCAGACCCCGAGCGGCAACUGGGGCCACCGGUGCGAGUGCCUGCCAUGGAUGGCCGGCGACGGGUUCGCCGCCGGCGAGGGAUGCUAUGCUGGUAUCAAUUGAAAACGUCGUCGAAUGCGGGUAGUAGAGUUUGCCACCGCCGGUUCGGUGGCGUUCUUGCUCUGCCUCGCUCUCUCUGUUUGGUGCCUCUUACGCCGCCGACAAUGGCGGCGGAAUAAUGCCAAGCUCACGGUGAAGAUGGCGCGGAAACAUCUACCGAAGGAUGCAAGAUUCUUCCGCGGGAAACCCAUUGAGGAUGAGCUGGAGCUAGAGGCCGCCGGGCCCCGGCGAUUCCACUACGGCGAGCUCGCCGCGGCCACGGCGAACUUCUCCGACGACAGGAGGCUGGGGAGUGGCGGCUUCGGGUCGGUGUACCGCGGGUUCUUGAACGGCGGCGACGUGGCCGUGAAGAGGGUGGCCGAGACAUCUCGUCAGGGAUGGAAGGAGUUCGUCGCCGAGGUGAGGAUCAUCAGCCGGCUCCGCCACCGCAACCUCGUGCCGCUCGUCGGCUGGUGCCACGACGGCGGCGACGAGCUGCUCCUCGUCUACGAGCUCAUGCCCAAUGGCAGCCUCGACGCCCACAUCCACAGUUCGGGGAACGUGCUGCCAUGGCCGGCCAGGUACGAGGUCGUGCUCGGCGUCGGCGCCGCGCUGAUGUACCUGCACCACGAGGCGGAGCAGCGCGUCGUGCACCGCGACAUCAAGCCGAGCAACGUCAUGCUGGACGCGUCGUUCAGCGCCAGGCUCGGCGACUUCGGCCUCGCGAGGCUCAUAGACGACGGCCGGCGCUCGCGCACGACGGGCAUCGCCGGCACGAUGGGGUACAUCGACGCGGAGUGCUUCCUCCUCGCCGGGAGGGCGAGCGUCGAGUCCGACGUGUACAGCUUCGGCGUCGUCCUUCUCGAGGUGGCCUGCGGCCGGCGGCCCGCGGUGGUCAUCAACGGCGGCGAGGACGCGAUCCACCUGACGCAGUGGGUCUGGGACACGCACGGCGGCGCCGCCGGGGGCGGCAUCCUCGACGCCGCCGACACGCGGCUGAACGGCGAGUUCGACGUCGCGGAGAUGGAGCGCGUGCUGGCCGUCGGGCUCUGGUGCGCGCACCCCGACCGCGGCCUGCGGCCGUCCAUCAGGCAGGCCGUCAGCGUGCUGCGGUUCGAGGCGCCGCUGCCGAGCCUCCCGGUGAGGAUGCCGGUGGCGACGUACGGCCCGCCGGUGUCCACAGCGUCGGCGCCCACCAGCAACGACACCUCCGCAGGACGGUAGGAGCUAUGGUUUCCAUGGCCGCCGGACCAGGAUCACUGCAUCAGCUAGCUCGUUCAGAUUGGUGAAACGGCAAUCCACGGAUGCAAAUCUCAAUCGAAUUAGCUUAAUCAGCUGUCUCGAUGAAUUCGUUGAGUGAUUAGCGACGCAGCAGAAUUGGUGCCUGUUGUUGGCCGAUGCGAAAUUUGAUCUCGAAGGAAUACUUGGAUAAAAACGUCUGAAUAGAACGACACUGAAAUCUGAGUUUAUUUCAGGUGAUUGAUACUACCAUAUCAUGAGUUGGCAAUGCCGAAAA